AUGGCAGCAGUGCCAGCGCCGUCGCCGGGGCCUACAGGAGCGCGGAUUGCGGCUCAGACAUUCACGUUCCGAGAACUGGAGCGAGCGACGGGCGGGUUUUCCGAGAAGAAUUUCAUAGGCGAGGGCGGGUUCGGUCGCGUGUACAAAGGAUGGCUAGAGUCUACCGGCCAGGUGGUAGCGGUGAAGCAGUUGGAUAGAAACGGCGUGCAGGGAAAUCGGGAAUUCUUGGUUGAGGUGCUCAUGCUCAGCCUGCUGCACCAUCCGAAUCUCGUGAAUCUCAUUGGUUACUGCGCGGACGGCGAUCAACGGCUGCUAGUGUACGAAUUUAUGCCACGUGGCGCUCUUGAGGAUCACCUUCAUGACCUACCCGAGGGCAGGGCGAGUCUGGAGUGGAGCAAGCGCAUGAGAGUAGCAGCAGGGGCAGCCAAGGGCCUCGAGUACCUGCACGAAGAGGCCUCCCCGCCCGUCAUCUACCGCGAUUUCAAGUCCUCCAACAUUCUCCUAGACGAGAACUGGCACCCGAAGCUCUCGGAUUUUGGGCUCGCGAAGCUGGGGCCUGUGGGGGACAAGACGCAUGUUUCGACGCGCGUGAUGGGCACGUAUGGGUACUGCGCGCCCGAGUAUGCGAUGACGGGGCAGCUCACGGUUAAGAGCGAUGUGUAUAGUUUCGGAGUGGUGCUGCUGGAGCUGAUCACGGGGCGCAAGGCCAUUGACAGCUCGAGGCCGCAUGGAGAGCACAACCUCGUUGCUUGGGCGCGGCCGCUGUUCAAGGACAGGAGGAAGUUCCCAGCCAUGGCGGACCCCUUGCUACAGGGCCGCUACCCCAUGCGCGGGCUGUACCAGGCGCUGGCCGUCGCUGCCAUGUGCCUGCAGGAGCAGGCCAGCCAGCGACCCAUGAUUCAUGAUGUGGUUACCGCGCUCAACUACCUGUCGUCGCAGCCCUACGACCCAAAUAACAACCCGCAACCCAGCACGCCUGGCAGAUACACGCCAGGCACGACGCCCCUUCAUGAGAAGAAGGGAUCUCGCUCACCCCGACGCAUGGCGUAUUUCGUCAACUGGGCGGGCAUGGACCCAUCCGUCAUCCCUGCUGCCAGCCUCACACAUGUCUUCUACGCCUUUGCCCUCGUCGAUGCCACUACAUACCAGGUCGUCCCCUCCAACCCAGCCGUUGAUGUCACCCAGGGCCUCUAUCUGCGCUUCAACUCUGCCUUAAAAACUGCCAACCCCGCCAUCAAAACUCUCCUCUCCAUCGGGGGCUAUUCCGCCGGCACCGCCACAUUCACCAACGCCGCCUCCUCCCCCUCCUCCCGCUCCGCCUUCAUCCAAUCCGCGAUCCAUUUCGCCCGAUCGUACAAUUUUGACGGUCUGGAUAUUGACUGGGAGUACCCGACCGGGCAGAUGGCACUUUUCUCUGCCCUGCUCACGGACUUCCGGGCGGCGAUCGAGUCCGAAGCGGCAAGUUCGGGUAAACCGAAGCUGCUUCUGACAGCAGCGGUUUCUGCCUACGAGCCGACUGUUACGCAGGCAUACAAUGUUCCGACGCUUAACAAUACACUGGACUUUGUUAACAUAAUGACGUAUUAUCUGCACGGGUCGUGGGAGGCAAAGACCGGCAUGCACACUGCUCUGGAGGAUCUGAGCAACCCGCAGCUGAGCCUCAAGGGUGCCAUGGCUGCCUGGGUGUCCCGAGGCUUGGCCCGAAGCAAGGCCAUGCUAGGCUUGGCGAUGUACGGCCGAACCUGGACUUUAGCCUCGACGAGCAGCACUGGGGUUGGAGCUGCGGCUACCGGGCCUGGGCUGGCUGGGUCUGUGAGCCGGGAGGCUGGUGUCCUCUUUUACAGGGAGAUCUCUCAGAUGGUAGCCACUGGUGGUUACAAAGCUACACUUCAUACGCCAUCGUCAUCCAUGUAUGCGGUGAAGGGUAACCAGUGGGUUGGUUACGACAACCCAUCCACCAUCACCACAAAGGUUAAUUAUGCCAAGGCGCAAAGCUUUGGAGGGUGGUUCUUUUGGGCCCUGAACCAAGACGCCAACAAUGCUUUGCUCAGUGCUGCGUUGGCUGUGUGA